AGCCCAAUAAAUCGAGAAUAUUCCAGAAAACGAAUAGAACUAAUUUGGAAUUUUAUAAUUCUGCUGACCUUGAUCAUUGUUACAUUGCAACGGUUGAUUUUCAAAAUUUACGUUUGAUAGAAAUUCGCUGGAUUUUCGAGGAAAGUGAGAAUAUUGGCGUUUGCUUUUAACAGAUUACGUUACUUUGAAAUUGUCGCGCAUCCGCACGUGGCCAUCACUCGGGAAUUUUCGUAGGUACUCGGACAAACUCGCCAUAUUGUCUGAGGUGAGUGGGGUUUACCGCAUGUAGAACAUCAACAAAACUACUAACUUGUUCAUACACAAAAUUUCUAGAAAAUGGCAAGUCCACGAGUGAUAUUGAACGAAUAUGGAAUUCCAAACGCUGCGGAGUUUACUAACCUCCAAAUGGAAGGAGAAUGGAACAUUAAUAAAUAUAUGAAGAAAAUCAAAGUCAAUGUUGUGAAACAGUCAGACGAUGGGCGAGAACUUGAAUUUGAUAUAUCAGGAUGUUCAGCAGCACUUGCCAACGCAUUUCGUCGGAUUCUUCUCAGUGAAGUCCCUUCCAUGGCUAUUGAGAAGGUCUUUAUCCUUAAUAAUACCAGUUUACUUCAGGAUGAGGUCCUCGCACACAGACUCGGGUUGAUCCCUCUGAAAGCAGAUCCCAAGUAUUUCGAGUACCCCACGACCUCUGGUAAUACUGAGGAUGAGGCCAGUGAUCAGGACACACUCAGAUACGAGAUGAAAGUGACCUGUACGUGGAACCCUCAUCCUCCUAAGGAUUCGAAAAGACCUGAGGAUAUUUAUCGGAAUAGUAAUGUUUACAGUCGUGAUAUAAAAUGGGUACCAAUCGGUAGGCAAGCAGAACUCUAUCCGAAAGGUGAAGAACAGCUAGGUCUUCUUGAAAAGGACAUUUUGAUUUGUAAAAUGCGGCCUGGGCACGAGAUUCACUGUAUUAUGCAUGCUGUCAAGGGUAUUGGCAAGGAUCAUGCUAAAUUUUCGCCUGUAGCCACUGUGACGUAUCGAUUGUUGCCUGAUAUUCAGCUAACAAGACCCGUAAAAGGAGAUCAGGCAGAGCUACUCAAAACAUGUUUUAGUCCUGGUGUAAUUGAACUGGUGGAGAACCGACAGGGCGAAGUCGAGGCUCGAGUGAAAAACGCACGAUACGACAGCUGUUCGAGAAAUGUCUUCCGCCAUGAUAGCCUCAAAGAUGCUGUUCAGCUCAGUAGAGUGGCAGAUCAUUUUAUUUUCAACGUGGAGACACUGGGCGCUCAAUCUCCCCAUCAGCUAUUCCUCGACGCGGUAAAAACUCUAAAAGGAAAAUGUAGAUAUUUCUUGGAGGAACUAGAGAUGCUCAAUCAACAGAACCAAAAUAAAUAUUGAAAGUGCUGGAGAGAUGGAGUUGAUUCUUGUAAAAAUCUUUUUAAUAAAUAUUUCGACAAACUGAA